GUUUUAGCUUCAUUUAAUCACUUACACAAGGUUAACAUGUAAGACAGCAACAUUGAACAAAUAUCUCAUAGUCAAUUGGAUUAACUCUAAAUACGGCAAGGGUCGACUACACUAAAGGACAGUGUUGUCUGUGUCCCUUUAACUUUAGAUUUAUUAGCCUGCAGUACCAGCUCUUAUCGUUACUAUGCCGGUGGGCUGACACUGUUGCUACGGAGACUUUAAUUAAAUAACGACUGCAACUGAAGCUGGUUGCAGUUAAAACGAUGUUGCUUAGCGACGAAAAAAGACUAUCUGCUCUCGUUUAUAUUUUGUCUGCUUUUCUCUCAGUGUGUAAAGAGUGUUUUCGCUGACCCCCCCCCCACUACCUACAAACAGUGAUGCUGCCAGGCAGCACUUCACUUCCUUCCAGGAGACAGUGACGACCUGUCAGCUGCUGUUUCUAGCUCAACCAUGCACCCUUACCGCAGCUCUCAAUCCAGGCGCCUGUAUCACUGUCGCCAUGUUGUGUCACGUUGCAGUCUGGACCGUCUCUCCUCUGAAGGCUCCGGCGGGUCAUGGCCACCUCAUGACAUCCAAUUCUCUGCUGUGCACACCCGAGCAGCCAGCGUUACAGUUGAUGUGCCGCCAUAUGGAAUCUGCACAGUCAUGUCCAUCCAUUAACAGAGACUCGCAUUGUCCGGUGUGUUUGCAGACGGCCAGCUUCCCAGUCCAGACAAACUGUGGCCAUUUGUUCUGUGCUCCCUGUCUGAUCGCCUAUUGGAGACAUGGGUCCUGGUUGGAUGCAAUAAGCUGCCCUCUCUGCAGACAGAAGGUCAACGUGCUCUGUAAUCUAUUUAACGAGAGUCGAUCAGACAGUCAGUCAAAGGAAGUUCUUGGGGAAAUCACAGACUACAACAAACGCUACUCUGGAGCCCCAAGAAGGGUAACAGACUACCUGUGUGACGCACCUCUCCUCCUGCAUUUGCUGACCAGAAGCCUGGGCACCAUGGGAGGACUGGUGUGGUUGUUUUUCUUCAGGGUGGCUCUGUGCUGUGUGGGGACUUUGGUGUCCAUCUCCUACCCACCUCUGGACUCCGUGUCCUCCUCCUCAGCAAAUCCUCUGGAAACAGACCCCUCCCUGUGUGGACUGCUGGGGGUCCUCGAUGACCUGGUGGUGGUCAUCCUGCUGCUUAUCUGCGUUAUCAACAUCAACCAGCAAAUGGCGCCAGAGAGAGGAGGACACUCUGCUACAAGCUCACAAGGAGUAAUGGGGAGUCCACUGUAGACAGAUGCUGCUGGACUCUCAUUGGAUUUCUUCCUUCUGUAUUUCUCUGGAUUGAUAAAUCGAGGCAAGAAUAUUGACAAUAGCCCAGCGUGCAACAGUCGUGGACUCGGCUGAUUGUAAAGUGUUUACAGAGCCUAUGCAAGACCUAAGCCUUGAACUAAUUAAUCAAUAUUAAAUAAGCAAUAUUUAGCAAUUUGAUCUUUUAUUUUAGUCAUAUUCUCAUUCAUCUAACUGUGGAACAUUGUUGUCUUUGUUUUACAAUUAAGCUCAAGAUUCGCUCUAAUGUCAGUUCUUAAAUAUAAUGACAUGUAAAUACUUAAUAUUGUGAGGUUUCUUUUGAGUGUAAAUGAAGAAUAUUUAUGUGUUUUUUUAAACAAAUUAAACACUACACAUGAUUAUUCA